CAUAACGUCCGUCCGCCGGUUGUGUCCGCUCGCGUCGUUCCCGCAUAUAUCGCCGAGCACGUAUACACCCAUAUAUCGUACCCUACGUAUAUGGACCGCAAACCCGUAGUGCUGCAGCAGUAGUUUCAAACACUACGUCACAUAGAAUAUACGACUAUUGAUAUUAUAAUAUUAUUACAUCGCGUACAGGAAUACGUGAGAAAAUAGUGCGCGCGGGGUGCGUGUAAACAUACACGGACAACAGUUGUCUUGUGUGAGACCAUAACAAUAAUUGCUGUUUUCGACGGUUGAUGUGUGUGUACAAAAACCGUUAAAGUUUUCUCUCAUCUCGUCGUACAUAAUUAUUUAAUAUUUAAAUAUUAUAAUAUAUAAUACGUAUACAAUCCGUCCGUAUUAUACACGACACACUGCACGUGCGAGGAAUAUCCGGCAUCGCGUACCAUCGACUCUAAAUGAGUUACCGUGGGUCUCAACACCGGUGUAGGAGAGCAAUCGUCUCGUGUUCCACAAAUAAAUCGUUCCCCCGGUGCACCGGUAGUGGCGGUACGACACCGACGCGGCCAGCGACUUCAGAGGGUGGUAGAUAGUGCGUCUGCAUCAGCAUCCGCGACGAUUUCGUCAUAAUCAGCCGAGACGACCUCCGCUGCACAUUAUUGCUCACGACGCAACGCUUAGUGCUCAAUAAUACACAUAACUGUAACUAAACUGUUUUCAAUCUCAAAUAUAAUAAUUUAAAUAAAAGUACAUAUAUUAUAUACUGUUAUAAUAUUAUCGUACAUAUUAUAAAGUGCACAUAUUUAUAUAACACAAACCGCUGAGCAUUUCCAGUGCCUACCUAUAAUAAUAUAUUAUAAAAUAUUUAUAUACGGCGUUCAUAUAACCGAGCGUUUCGAUGGACAACCAAAACAACAGCACCACCUCUACUUUCCUGCCACCACCCAUUGACGGCGAGGCGUCGGCGCCGCUCGCGCAACCCGACGACGAUUUCGUGGUACCCCUUUCAGCGGCCGGUACCCCCAAUACGCCGGCCGACGACGGCGGCACCGGAUCUACCGUGUCGCCCGUGACUCCUGUCCACCUCAAUCGUCAGCCGCACGCAUUGAUGAUGGACGAUGACCAGGCGGCCAACGCCGCCACCGAUAGCGGUGCGACGGACGACAACUCUGUGCUGUUGCCGCCGCCCGAAGAGACGGACAGCGAAGAGAAACCGAACAAAGACGGCGGAGACGAUGGAGAUAACGGCGGCGAAGACAACAACGAAAACAGGGCCGGCGAAGACGACGACCAGGUACCAGUUCUAGCCAUGUCGGGCAUUCUACCAGCCACGGCUACUGGAGGUGGCCCGAUUUCCGACUCGAAGAAAAACGCCGGCGGACCGAACGACUCGCUGACCGGCGGAGCACCCGGGACCGGAAACGGAGAAAGCAAAUCCAAAGAGAAAUCACGUUAUACUACUGGUAGCGGUACCGGUGCCGGAACAGAUGUGGAAGACUCCGGAACCAACAAUCCGCAGGCGGCUUUGGGAUGUGGAACUACGUUUGAAUAUGUAGUACUAGUAACAGCGUGCUCAAUUUUGUUAUUGGCCGUCACUGGCACUACCGUUUACUGGACCAUGGCCUACAGAGGCGGAUACGACCCCAACUGGUUUCCCUGGCCACCACAGACCCCGAAGCAAAUGUUAUCCGUCGGCGUAUUCACUUAUAAGCAUCCGCAAAACUUCACUGCCGGCGGCAGCGACAUUAGUACUACAACAAUUGCAACGACUACAGUGGAACAGCAACAGCAAUCUUCGCAAUUAAACACAUCGACUUCAAAUGUUUUGAUCGAAGAUCGGCGAUUCAACCUGCACCCAACUCUAAUGACGGUCGGUUUCGUCACUUUAACCGGAUUUUCUAUAUUGGUGUACAGAAUGGCCGCUGGAUGUUCGACUUCGUGCAGGGGUACUUAUGUGAAAUUAACCCACGGACUUUUGCAUUUGGCUACCGUACCGUGCGUGGUGUUGGGAGCUGUGGCUGCUAUGGAAUAUCAUCGUUUGAAAGGAUUGCCGCAUUUGUAUUCGCUACACAGUUGGAUGGGAUUAUUGACCGUUUCACUUUUUGUAAUUCAGUUUACCCUUGGAUUGUUCACGUUCGUUGUGCUAUUGUGUUGUCGCGGCGCAACGGCUGCGUGCCGCCUACGAUGUUUUGCGCCCAUACACGCCACUCUGGGACUGUGCACGUUCACAUUGGCCAUAGCUACCUGUCUCACCGGACUUCAGCAACGCGCCGACUUCUCGAUAUUCAGCAAUAAUAAUGGAGACGGUAAACAGACAAUAUCUGAGUUGAUCAAACAAAAGUUACACUUGAACAAGGAACCGGUAGUGGUUAAUGUGUUGGCUGUCUUGCUGGUAUCCGUGCUGGUAAUUGUAUCGUACACGGUACGCCGAGAGUCACUUAAGCGGAGGCCCAACAACAAACCGUCAUACACGGCAACAGUGAGUCCACUGCGCAUAAAAUCUUCGUCGUCGUCUACCGGAAAGUUUGGAUCGGGAAAGCAAUCGUCGCAGCCUCCGGUUUGAGGUGCAUAUACACACGUCAUUCCGCAACGACUUCUGCCAUCACUUCUAUAUUUAAAACAAACAAAAUACAAUUAAUAACAAAAGUACAACUACAAAUUGUCAUCGUCGUGUAAUCAGUCUUAUACUAUAUUUAUAGAAAUAACAAUAUACAUUCUAAAAUUUGUUUCUCCUAUAUCAUUGCAACCGGCCUACAUUUUCAUUUCCAUUUUCAUAUUAUUAUUUUUUUUUUAUUAUCUAUAAUAAGUACACUAAUACGUUAACAUUCAUUGGCCGUAACAUUGCGCAAUUAUUAAUGAAAACUCUAAGUAACAUUAUUUAACUAAUCUUUGUGUUCCACAUUCCUAAUUGUCUUCCUAUUUCCAUAUUUCUCUUUAGAUAGGUACUAUUAUGCGUAUGUUUGUUUAUGUGAAUAUAACAAAUUACAAUAACUUACCGAUAUUGAAAUAAUAUUUCAGAUCGAUUAUAUUAUAUUCACAUGUGUACCUAUAAUUAAUAGUAUAGUAAGUAUUAACCUACACAAUAACGUAGUUAGACAAUGAUACAGUUAAAUGGAAUUGACUUUUUUUCUAAAAUAUUGCGUCUUUUCUACUAUAGAUAUUCUUUGUCUAUGUUCAUACGCACACUUGUAUACUCUCGUGUGUACUAUAUAAUUUGUGUGUGCGUAUGAAUGUUAGAUUAUUACAUUAAAAUAUUAUGGAAUUUUUUUUACAACAAUAACGUACCUAUUUGAUAAAUGUAUAGGAUUAAGUAAAAAAAAAAUAUAUAAUACGUUUGGCACGGUUGUUUUUACAAUACUAAAACUCAAGAGUGUCUAUCAAUUUAUACCUAUAUUAUAAUAUUAUGUUCAUAAAAAACACAACAUUUAUAAUGUGUGAAGGUUUAGAAUAAACUAUUUAAAACAAUUCGACCAAAUUUAAAACAAUCGCGAGUUUUACACAUUAUUUGAUGUAAAAUUAUUAUAUACUAUUAUUAUUUAUUAUAAUUAUUAUCAUUAGCAGUGUGUGUGUGUGUGUGUGUAAUUUUUUUCAAAAAUAUAAAUACAUUUAACUAUAAGAUAAGUUAUUAUUAUCGAAACUAUACUAAUAUAAUAUUAUUUAUAAAUUAUUAAUGUUUUUCGUAAUAUUUGUAUUUAAAUUUUUAACAAAAACAACAUAGAAUAUUAUUACUAUAUAAAUAUAUAUGCGUAGGCAAAAAAUAGAGAUUAUUAUUAUCAUUAUUAUUAUAUAUAUUAUAUAUAAUAUAUAUAUAUAUAUAUAUAAUAUAUUAAUAUUAAUAUAUUAUUGUUUUUGUUAUUGAUAAUUUUUUAUUAUUAUUAUUAUUAUUAUUAUUAUAUUAUUAUUAUUACUAUUUAUAUUUCUAAUUUAUUGUACGUUUUUUUGGGUGUUGUAAUUAAUUUUAUUAAAUAGCUUUAGAGAAAAAAAGGAAUAGAAUUUUUACAAAAAAAACUUACGCGUACUAUAUACCAUUACUAAUUAUAGCUAUUACAAGUACCGAUUUAUUAUUAUUAUUAUUAUUAUUAUUAUCUAGCAUAAUAUAAUUAAUAUGUAUAUUAUAUAUAUAUAUUAUAAUACUACAUAUACAUAUUACUAUUAACAUUAUUAUAAUUAGUUGUUUUACUAUAUAAUAAAUGAUAAAUACAUUUUCAAAACUUCUUUAAAUGUA